ACAGCCCGUAGAAAUGACAUCAUUGUUAUUUUCAGUGGAGCUGCCGCUUUGAGGUGGAUAAAGUUCGUCUCCACGUUGGAAGUGAUUGAAACUAUCAGGCGUUUUCGGGAUCUGGUUGUUCUUUUUGUUGUAAAACAGAGAGAAGAGCUGAGAGGAAGGGCCUGAGGAAGGAAACAGGAGCUCGGCGGAGCCGGAAGUGAUUGUCGAUGAGCGAAGAGGGGAAAAAAAACGACUCGAAAGAAAAGUUUUCUUGGGACACAAAGUUGUCAAAAGACGUAAACUUCCUCAGAGCGACUCGAACUUUAUGUCUGGAAAAAUGGAAGCGACGUUUUACGACGAAGCCGCCUCCAACUCUCAGCACGACGGUUCGGCUGUGUUCGGCUUCAACCCGAAGAGCCUGAAACAGACCAUGACCCUGAACCUGAACGACCCGAAAACCUUCAAACCCCACCUGGGCGCCAAGGCCCUGGACAUCCUGACUUCCCCGGACGUGGGUCUGCUGAAGCUGGCCUCCCCGGAGCUGGAGAGGCUCAUCAUCCAGUCCUGCAACGGGCUCACCACCCCCACCCCGACCCAGUUCCUCUGUCCCAAGAACAUCACGGACGAGCAGGAGGGCUUCGCCGACGGCUUCGUGAGGGCCCUGGCCGAGCUGCACUACCAGCAGCUGCCCGCAGACCACCCGGACGCGGCGGCGGGGGGCUGCGAGAGCGGCGGCAUCCCGUACAGCUGCACGGUGCGCGCGGAGCCGCCCGAGUACACGAACCUGGCCGCGUUCAACCGGACCUCCGCGCCCGUCCCGGAGAGGCACGCGAGCUACCCGGCCGCCCCGCCGCCCGACCCGCAGCACCCGCGGCUGCAGGCGCUCAAGGAGGAGCCGCAGACGGUGCCCGAGAUGGGCGGCGGCGACACCCCGCCGCUCUCCCCCAUCGACAUGGAGACCCAGGAGCUGAUCAAGGCGGAGCGGAAGCGCAUGAGGAACCGGGUGGCCGCGUCCAAGUGCCGGAAGAGGAAGCUGGAGAGGAUCUCCCGGCUGGAGGAGCGGGUGAAGAACCUGAAGAGCCAGAACACGGAGCUGGUCUCCUCCGCCAACGUCCUCCGGGACGAGCUGGCUCUGCUGAAGCAGAAGGUCAUGGACCACGUCAACAGCGGCUGUCAGCUCAUCCUGACGCAGCAGCUCCAGGCCUUCUGAUCACUGAGGAGGAGGAGGGACCGUGCUUAGGGACCAAAAAGUGGAGCCUUUCAGAUCCACUCAGACUGCAGCCCGGUUCUUGAUUGGUCAGAGCAAAAGCCAUAAAAUCUCUUGUCCAGGCGCACAGAACUCAGACUCUUUACUACUUAAGUCUUCCACUUGUUUUUCUUUGUGUGUAUGAGUGUGUGUGUGCACAUAUUAUUACAAACUCGCACUUGCAUGGCAAAGAAUGACCCCCGUCACCUGUCCAGCAGCUGGAUCCAGGUGCAGAGGCAGUCUGGACUCUGGUGGAUCAGGACUCUGCAGGCACCAGCGAACCUUUGUACAGAACGACACUAAGCUUUAACACCUCCUGGACUUUUUAUAGGUGUGUGUUUGUUUGGAGAGUUUACUGACAGCUGCCUUAAUUUCAUACAACUGUUUGUUUAUAAGUGUGUAACUGUUAGAGCUAAAAAAAAUAACACUUUGUAAUAUUUGUACGCUGUAUUUUGAGCACUUAACUGUAUAUAAAACUAUAAAUAAUAAACAAACAUAAAAGGUGA